AUGAUAUUUUCAGCAUCCAUCAACACACAUUUAUUGGGCCAAAUAUGUUCCAUCAAUGAGGACACAUCGGGCGAAACAUCUGUCUUGGUUUAUGAGCAAUUUUACGAUGAAAUUGAAAACCGAUACCCAAAGAACAUUCUCAGACUUAUCCGUUACUAUAGUUUAUCAUCAGGUCUCUUUGACUUUCUUGAUUCAUUAACAGCUGAUGAUGUUUACAAUUUACAAGAAGUGAUUUUUUGUGAGUGGGAUGAAACAUUAGUCAACACACAAACUGUUUCUGAUUUUGCUAUUGUUAAGAAUUUUAUUGAUCGUGCUUAUACUGCUAUAAAAAUCAAACAUGUAUGGAAAAAUGAUCAAUUUAUCGAUUUACUUAAUUGUCUUGAAUCAUCAUCACUUGCACUAUCAAGUAUUAAACGUAUUUAUUUAAGAUUAACUGAUAAAGAACAAUCAAAACGACGUCGAAUUGCUGAUAUUUUACAAAAAUCUAGUAUCUAUUUUACUCGUAUUGGACAUCAUCAAAUAACAUUUGAUGUCAAUGUAGAACUUCCAUCUCAACAAACAAUAACAAUCAAUGAUGAACAACAAAACGUAACAUUUGCUGAUUUAAGUGAACUUCGUGAUCGUGCACGUCUUGAACAUUCAAGUAAUGUUAAUAAAAGAAAAAUACCACAAGCUGAUAGUGAACGUGAUAAAGAAAAAUUACGAAAUUUUACUCGAUUUACUAGUAUUGUUGAAUCUACUAUUGGAAUUUUAACAAAUCUAUAUACAGCUGGUCAUUCAUCUAUAUCAGAUAAAAAUAUUUUCAUGUAUUGA